CAAAUUCACCAUGCCUGUGUCCUCAUCAGAAGAAGAAAAGCAAAAUAUCAUUGCCAAGUGGGAAGAAGUUUUCAAAGUUGGAUCUUCCAUGACAAGCAAGGAAGCAAUUCAAGAAAACAAUCUCGGAAAGGAAGGCAAUUUCGAAUAUUGUCACACCAAGCAGAAUGUUGAUGUUUAUGCAUUAAAGACAGAGCAUUCAACUAUUGUAAGAGGUGAUAUUGUUGUUGAAGGAGCUAAAGCUGAAGAAUUUUUGGCACAUUUCGGAUCAGUUGACUUGGCAGAGAAAGUUAAAUUUGAUAGCACAACAAAGAGAAUUGAAAUUGUUGAGCAGUGGACUGAUGAAAGUGAUGGUUCUGCAUGGAGAGUUCAAUACUUUGUAAUUUCAGUUGGAGCUCUUGUUUCUGAUAGAGAUUUCCUCUAUGUUUUGAGAAUUUUCAAGAAGGAUAACAUCACCUACUUUUUAACUACCAGUAUUGAUGGCUUGUACACACCACCUUCAACAUUCCAACCUCAAAAUAAGGCAGUGAGAGGAACUAAUCUAUUUGUAUGCCAAAGAUACGAAACUCUUGAGAAUGGAGAUUUGCACAUUAGUUAUGCCAAUCAAGUUUCACCAAAUGGGUGGAUUCCAAUAAGCAUUGUCAAUGCAAAUAUCUAUCCUGUUCCUCUUUCAUUGGCUAAGAUUGCAGAUUCAUUAAAGAAGAAAACUAAAGUUCCAUCCAACUCUCCAUCCCUCAAAAAGUAAAUUUCUUUUUCUU